UCAACGAUUACUUCAAAGCACUUUGUACUGUGUAGUGUUAUGCUCGCGAUAAAGUGAGGGAGUUAUUUUAUGCUGGCCAAGGUUGAACCGGGCAAAGGCCCAUCACGUCAUCAGGCGAAAGCGGGGAGGGAGGAGCGCCUUUCUCAAAUCGAACAGUAAUCUGCUCCUUGCUCUGUCAUUUUUUCAACAAGGCAUCAUGGUGUAUCGUUCAGAAGCCUACAACAUCGUUUUCCCAUGAAAUAAAUGUUUGAAUUUUCUAACUCGUUUUAAUUGGGAAUAAAGCUCAAAAGCAAUCACUUUUGCAUGUGAAACAUGCAAGUAGUCCUAGAUUAAUUAUGCAUAUAGGCUAUAACACUUUCAAUCAUCAUGAAUUUGAACAAGAAAUUUACUCCACGUGCUCCUAAAUCACUUUGUUUUGAGCUGACUUCACGUUCACAUCACUGCGUUCACAUCGGAAUUAGGAAACGCGGAAAUUUCCGAUUAUCUGAUUCGUUGAACGCGGCACGGUUCCAAAACGAACGCAAUCAACGUUCAUCCGGUGCAGAACACGCAUACACGGGCUCCCCGGGUGAGAUUAAUCGAACCCCCUCAGUGUUUAUGCGUGGCACCUGGCUCAUGUGCGGGAGGCAGCCCGGUUGCUACCAACUUUCAAGCGGUGUAAAACACGUUUACACGAGCGCCCGGGCGAGAUUAAUCGAACCCCCUCAGCAACUUCAGAAGUUUUGAGUGACAAGUUACGUCAUUUGCAAGAGGGAAAGCAUCUUGUUGCCUUGUAUUCGGACGUUAGCAUAGCAUGCUUGUAGCUAGCUAACCCAUAAACAUUGACAGUUAAAGACAGCUAAACAUCGAGGACUUCGGAUUGUGCCACCAUGUUGGUGCCUAUAUUCACCCUCAAGCUGAACCAUAAAAUCAACCCUCGCAUGGUUACAAUGGGCAAGUUUGAUGGGAUCCACCCAUGCCUCACUGCAGCCACACAAGCAGGGAAGGUGUUCAUCCAUAACCCUCACACACGCGGCCAGCGUCAGGCAGCCCACCGUCUGAGUCAGAGUGCCCAGGAUUCGGACAUCUCUCUGCUCAAUAUCAACCAGGCUGUGAGCUGCCUGACAGCUGGCACACUAGGACCCAACACCCCUGGAGACACGCUCCUCGUGGGCACCCAGACAAACCUGCUGGCUUAUGACGUACACGACAAUGCUGACAUCUUCUACAGAGAGGUGACAGAUGGGGCCAAUGCCAUUGUUUUAGGGAAAUUAGGGAACAUUGAGUCCCCCCUCGCCAUCAUCGGUGGAAACUGCGCUUUGCAAGGAUUUGACUAUGAGGGGAAUGACCAGUUCUGGACGCUUCUUGUCGGAUCAGAGGACUUUGACAUUAGGGUAUUCAAAGAAGACGAACUUGUGUCUGAGAUUCCUGAAAAUGAGACGGUUACCUCCCUCUGUCAUAUGCAUGGCAGCAGGUUUGGUUAUGCUCUGGCCAACGGCACUGUGGGUGUAUAUGACCGCACUGCCCGCUACUGGAGAAUCAAGUCUAAGAACCAUGCAAUGAGCAUCCAUGCAUUUGACCUUAACGCUGACGGUGUUGUAGAACUCAUCACAGGCUGGUCCAAUGGAAAGAUUGAUGCACGGAGCGAUCGAACAGGUGAAGUCAUCUUCAAAGACAACUUCUCGUCCUCUGUGGCUGGAGUGGUGGAAGGGGACUAUCGCAUGGAUGGACAGAUACAGCUCAUCUGUACCUCUGUGGAGGGAGAAGUGCGUGGCUACCUGCCUGCCAGUAAGGAGAUGAAGGGGAACCUGAUGGACUCCAGUGUGGAGCAGGAUCUGAUCCGAGAGCUGAGUCAGCGGAGGCAGAACCUGCUACUGGAACUACGCAACUAUGAGGAGAAUGCCAAGCAGGCUGUCCCAGGAGCUUCAGAACGGGACACCCAGAUGGGGGUGAUACCAGCCAAUACCCAGCUCCAGACUGUCCUCUCUGUCAGAGCUGCCACGGAGUCCCAGAGGUCACACAUAGAGCUCAGCAUCUCCACGCCCAAUGAGACCAUAAUUCGAGCCGUGCUGAUUUUCGCUGAGGGAAUUUUUGAGGGUGAAAGUCAUGUGGUACAUCCCAGUGCCCAGAAUCUAUGUGGUUCUAUCCGUGUUCCCAUCAUUCCCCCCAAAGAUAUCCCUGUGGAUCUACACAUCAAAGCUUUUGUUGGUGGCAAGAGCAGCAGUCAGUUCCACGUCUUUGAGAUCACACGUCAGCUGCCUCGCUUCUCCAUGUAUGAUCUUAAUGUUGAGCCUGAGGCCCCCCAACCUACUGGGAAAGUUACCUUCACCAUCAAUGACAGGCCACAGAGAGUGGUCAUGUGGCUGAACCAGAACUUCCUUCUACUAGAGGGCAUUGAUACCCCAGACGUGACGUUCACCUCUCUACGUGGCGGAGGACUACUCACCAUCAGCAUGCUAAGCACUAGUGGAGAGAUCACACUAAACACAGACGACAUAGACCUGGCAGGGGAUCUAGUCCAAUCACUGGCUUCCUUCCUGGCCAUAGAGGACCUACAGGCAGAGGCAGACUUCCCCACAUACUUUGGGGAGCUGCGAACGACCCUAACUGAGGUAGAUGACUAUCACUCUGUCCACCAAAAGCUGACGGCGGCCAUAGCAGAUCAUUCUAAUCACAUCCGUAACAUGCUGGUGCAGGCAGAGGACGCACGGCUCAUGGGUGACAUAAGGAACAUGAAGAAGCGCUACAUUGAGCUCUAUGACCUGAACAGAGACCUGAUCAAUGAGUACAAGAUCCGGUCCAACAAUCACAAUGCUCUCCUCGCCUGCCUUAAGUCUGUCAACCAGGCCAUUCAGAGGGCAGGGAGACUGAGAGUGGGAAAGCCAAAGAAUCAGGUUAUCACAGCCUGCCGAGACGCUAUCAAAAACAACAAUGUCAACGUCCUGUUCAAGAUCAUGAAAGCAGGCACAGCCUCUUCCUGAGGGCACCGCACUGUGGUUGCCUGAAAUCCUGAAGGGAUUGGAAUCCCUGAGAGGCCAGUCUGGGGGGAGCAACGGGGGGAGGCUUUACAUGAGUGAAGAAAGACUAGUUCUCUAGUGGCAAGGCCAAAAGAAGAAACAGGCCUCACCUGGACCCCCAGGUGCCAUUGGGCAGCAGUGAUGUUUUAGAGGAGUCAGUGGUUGGGAGUAACUGUCAACUUGUAUAUGUUGUUUUGUAGCCAAAGAACUAUACUCCUUGAAUGUUAAAUGGGACCAGCAGAGUGAGAUAUAUGUUUACUUUUUGUAGAUUGUAAAUAGACAGGGAACUGUAUUAUGUGUGUGCAGAAAGAAAUGUAACUAAAUUAAAUUACUGUCUUAAACUCAAAACACAGAAAAAUUAAGUUUUCUUUGUAGUAUUUGUAUUCAAGUCUUGUCGGUUAAAUAAAUGUAUUUCAUGUCUGUCUCACCAUG